AAACGGAAAACAAAUUUAACCAACAAAAAAUUUCAAAUUAAUAAUAAAAACAAAAUGUUUUUUUGUGAAAAAUUUAACUUUUUGUUAAAAUUAACAAUAUUUUCACUGCUGAUAAGUGUAAAUGACGCAGUAAACAACAGUGACAAAAAACAAGAUGCUAAAUGUUUAUUGCCCAUGGAACCUGGCCCCUGUCGCAUGAGUUUGAAUCGUUUUUAUUACAACGCCCAGACAGAUACGUGCGAAGAAUUUAAAUUUGGCGGCUGCAAGGGAAAUGAUAAUAAAUUUGGUUUCAAACAAACCUGCGAAGCGGCCUGUAAAAAGUCCACAACAACAGCUGCGCCAGGAAAAACUACAGUAACAUCAACGACCACCAAGACUCCACAAUAUAAUAACAAGAAAUUGAAUGGGGAUACUUUAAAAUCAUUGACUGCUAAUGUAGAUGCAUCUUCCACCAGCACCACAACACCAAAACCUAUGGCAGCACGUACCACAGUCAAAAUAAAAUCAUCGUCUACACCAAGAAGCGGAACUACUACAACUACGACACAAAAAUCAAAUCUGAUCGAAAUGAAAUCGUUUAUUGUUGUCUUUGUAAGCAUGUGCUGCUUCAUGGUGGCCAUUCAAGCAGCUGCCGUAGAAACCGUGGUGGCUGAAUUAGAAAAGGAUAAUAACCAAAAUUCAGAAACUGAGGCAGUAUUGCCCACAAAUGAAGAUUGCAUACAACCCAAGGAAACCGGCCGUUGUUUUGCUCUCUUCUAUCGCUUUGCUUUCGAUGUGGAAAAACGUGAAUGUGUAGAAUUCAUUUAUGGCGGCUGUGCUGGCAAUUCCAAUAACUUUGAAACUAAAGAGGAUUGUGAACAAAAAUGUGUUCUAGAAAACAAGCAAGAUUCCGAUGACAAAGUUUUGAACACCACUGUAUUGCCAAGCUCUGAUUUGGAGACUGUAACUGAGCAAGUUGUUGUCGCCUCUUCUUGAAAAUGAGCGUUAAUAAGUGAAAUGAAUAUGAGUUUGUUCGUUCUCUUUUUUAAUUAGUAUUAUUAAGUAGAGUGUGAUAAUUUAGUGUCAUAAGGUCUUAUCGUCUCAAUUAAGUUUAUUAUAUUUUGUUUGUUUGUUAUACUCGUAUGUAGUUGCGAAUACGUAAAUAAAGUGAAAUUCUUAAGAAUAAUAAAAUAAA